GGAAGAUACACACAGGCUAAACGCUAAUCUGAAAGUUGAAACACACUUAAGCUAACUCCUCCUCCUCCGCAGACUUGCUGAAAACUCAGGAUGGUCUGGAGAAAAGGGGUGUGUGAAAAGCAAAAGAAAAAAAACCUCAGUGUGUGUGUGUGUGUGUGUGUGUGUGUGUGUGUGUGUGUGUGUGACAAUUUAAGUGAGUGGAAAGAGACAAGGGACGACAUCUUAUCUGAAGAGAACACUCAAGGCAAAGAGAGCUAUAUCUGCUGUUUGACAUAAUUCUAGCUCAAUACAGACUUAAGAAAGACCACUGGAGCUUCAUCAAAAGCUAUACCUGGAAAGAAACAUACUUAUAUAUCAUAUUGUAGGUGGAAGAAUAAGAAUAGCAAUAAUGUCCACCGGUUCACUGAGUGACGCCGAUGAUGCACCAGAAACAUCAUUUGCACGCCUUGAUUCUCACUCUGAAGAUGACUUUAAUCGUGAUGAAGGACUCAACAUCAAACCCAAACGAGCCAACAUGCAAAAGCGAGCAAAAAGCCCAAAAGAUGGACGACAGUCACAGCGGCAUGCGGCAAACGCACGUGAAAGAGCGAGGAUGAGAGUCCUAGCAAAAGCGUUCUCUCGUCUGAAGACAAGUUUACCGUGGGUUCCGGCAGACACCAAACUGUCCAAACUGGACACACUGAGACUCGCCUCGAGCUACAUCAAUCAUCUCAGACAGCUGCUGCAUGAGGACAAAUAUGAAAAGACCCUCAUCCAUCCGGUAAAUUUGUCAUGGCCUUUCGUGGUUUCAGGAAGACCAGACGACACAAAAGACAUUUCAACUUUCAGACUGUGUGGAGCUACAGCCUAGACCUUCAUCACUCUAUCUGAUUUUUUUUUCCCUUCUCGAUUUCAAAUACAUCGUCUUUUUAUUGAAAUGACAGUAUUUCUCUUUCCUGUUACUCUUUCUUUGCCAUAUCUCGUUCGUUAUUCUCAUUUUUUCUUUCCCUUUUCACCCUUUUUUCCCAUCUCCCUUUUUUUUUUUUUUUUGCUUUAAUUUCCACUCAGCCACAUGCUUCUGUCUUCAGUAUUUCACUUAAAUUUUUUUUAAUUUGACAGUUAAAAAAAAAACUUUUAUUUUUAAUAACGGCAUAUUCUUCAGAGGGUCGGUUAAAAAAAUAAAUAAAUAAAAUUUAUGUACAAAUGACGAACAUUUUUAAAUUUUUUUUCCUACUUCCUAAUAACAUCCAGGAAAUACAUCUUCGUAUCUUUUAAAUUUCUUUAUCGCUGUGUCUUUCUCAUUCUUACUCUUAUCUUCAAAUCUUCGAGUGCUGAAACUGCCUGUGAGCUAAGAUUUCUUUUUUGUAAAUUUUUUUUAAUGGAAUGUAUAUGUUAGUGUUUUUUUUUUUUCUCAUUUUUAAAAAAAAAAUAUCCCAUGAGCUCAAUUUUGGGUUGCAUUUAGAGUGUGUUACAGGGUCAAUCAGUAUCAAUUCAUCACUACACAUCGGAGGCUUUAUAUUUUGUUUUUAUUUUGUGAACACCGUUUUAUGUCACUGUGUGAAAUUAAAUGUCUAGUCUUUUUUUUGUGUGUGUGUGUGUGUGUGAAAUGCUUGCGUCGUGUCCAUUUAAUAUGCAUGAUUUUUUUCUGUGUUUAUUUAUAUUUUCAAAAGGUUUGAUAUGUUGGAAAUGCUGUUAAUCACAUUGGACUCUAUUUUUCUAAUAAAGCAAAGGACGAUCUUUAACUGUACUAUUAUUAUUUGAUGUUAUUCAUAGUCUAAACAUGUGCCAUAUGAUGUACGAUCAAUAAUGAUUAAUGAGUAUCAUUAAAACCUACAAACAAAAACGGAAUUUUAUUUAGAUCAUGUUUGUGACUUUCCCCAAAACGUUUCAUCAGUUUAUCUCUCAAGAAAAUGACUGAAAAGUGAAUUUAAAGCACUUAAAAUGAUGAAGUGGCUUGAGGGUGCUUUGAUUUUGCAUGUUGAUGUAUCUCCUUUUGAAUGAAGAAGUCAGCGUGGGAUGUGUAAGUGGGUGUGGCUUAUUUUACUAACAGCCAAAAGCAAUUCGACUCCUAAAUAUUUCUUCACUUACAUUUGCAAUGCAGAUGGACACUCCGAUUGUUUUUGGGGUGAAAAAUAUAGACAUUUGAACUGAGACAUUUUUUUGUACAGUUCUGGAGGUCUGACAAAAAUACAUACAUAAAUUAGUCACUUAAAGGUGCAUUAGGUAAGUCGGGUUCGCACUUUACGAUUUUGGCCACCGAUUUGGUCGUCGGAGACAAAUUUUGAGAAUCCUAAAAGACUCCUAUAAUCCUAGGCCAAAAUCUGUAGUCUUUUAUCGCUAGUUCGAUCGUUAGUGCCUUCUCCUGCUCCGUCGUCUUGCGUGCGUCUGUUUUUCGCGUCUGGACUGUCGUACAGUCUGACAUCAAUGACAACUAAGAUCCUACAAUGUGACGUGGCUUACAGCGGGGAUCGUGUUCAUACAGUCUGACAAGCAACUGUCGCGAAGGACUAUUAAAAAUCGCACAGUGUGCACCCGGCUUUAGCAUGCUAACUUGCAUUGGCAAAAACCGUCAUGUCAUCACUUUCAAACUCGUUCAAACAUUCAACAACUCUAUAAACAUGCAACUUCUCCUCAUAAUCAUCAUCCAUCAUAACCAUCAUAAUCAUCAUUUUCAUCAAUGACCCUGAGCGCUCAUGACCUUGUCGUCGGUACACUGGUUGUCCUUCUUUGGACACUUUCUCUAGGUACUAACCACUGCAAACCGGGAACACCCCACAAGACCUGUCGUUUUGGAGAUGCUCUGACCCAGACGUCUAACCAUCACAAUUUGGCCCUCGUCAGAGUCAUUCAGGUGCCAUUGUAACGAGAUAAUCAAUGCUAUUCGUUUUAUUCACUAUUCAUUAUAUGCUGUUCAUUUAAUGUUUUGGCUGAUUGGUGCAUGUGAACAGCUUAAAGUUCUUGGUGGUUAGUAGACCAU